UCAUCUUUAGUAACCUGACACUGAGGCAUGCCAAGAGAGGCCUGUGAAACAUUCAUGAGCAGGAAGGCCAGGCAGGAGUGCAGGGCACUCUGAGCUGCCAUAACAGGUGCAAGCAGAGCUAUGGGGACUGUUGAGGAGACUUUAAAGUGUCCCGUCUGCCAGGACUUCUUCACGGAUCCUGUGACGCUGCCAUGUGGACAUGACUUCUGUCUCACCUGCAUCCAGGCUGUGUGGGAAACGGAUGGUUCUCAUCAGGCUCCUCUCUUCUGUCCAGAGUGUCAGAUUUUCCUCCCACCUGACCUCACUCUGGAGGUGAACACCAUCCUCCGGACCAAAGUGAAGGACUUCAUCACUAACAUGCCAUCAACAGCAGAGCUUCAGAUGGCACCACCAGACAGGGCAUCGAAAUCAUCUUCAGCCAUCCACUGUGACCACUGCAUAGAGACACCGUCAGUGGCCGUGAAAACCUGUCUGACCUGCGAUGCCUCACUGUGCCAGGCUCAUGCCCUGCUGCACCAGCAGAGGUCUGCUCUGAGGGAGCACACAGUUGUGGAGGUGACAGGGGACCCGCUGUCUCUGAAGUGCAGGGAGCACCGUGAUGAGCUCAAGCUCUUCUGUAUGGAGGAAAGGGUCCCUGUGUGCUGCUUAUGCGUCCUGGUCGGCACGCACAAGAACCAUAAAGCAUCUCAGCUCCACGAAGCCUGUGCAGACUUCAAGAAGUCUGCUGCAGAUUUCAGAGAGAGAGUCUCAGACAAGUACAGCAGGAUCCGCGUCGUGCUGGACGGCGAUGAGCGUCUGAUGAUGCAGAUAAUCGAUGCAGAGGAGGCAUACGUGACAGAGUGGCUGGAGGCCCAGAGGGGCGUCAUGGAGGCUCAGAUCAAAGAGAUCGACACCCUCAGAGCAGCCAAUCUAAGUUCCCCUGCUCUGGACUCCAACACAGCCCAUCCGAAACUGGAAAUAUCCCAGGACAGGAAACAAGUGCACUGGAGACAACAGCCUGUCGGUGAAACCACGAGCCCUCAGCCAUAUGACUCCCAGUACAGUGUACUGGCUCAGGAGAGUUUUACAACUGGCCAGCACUACUGGGAAGUCAUUGUCCAGGAUAAACCUUACUGGCUGAUAGGUGUGACCACUGGGCCAGCAGAUAAAAAAGAUGGUCCCAGUCAGAGCUCCUCCGGCCUGGGUGUGAACAACACAUCCUGGUGCAUCUAUCAUGGAGAUGGACAGUACACGGCAUGUCAUGACACACAGGAGAAGCAGCUGUCAGUGGGGAAGAGAGUCAGAAAGCUGGGCAUACUGGCCAAUCUCCAGAAGGGGGAGCUGUCAUUCUAUGAUGCUGACUCUGUGACCCUGCUUCACUCUUUCUGUGUGCAGUGCAGAGAGCCUCUCUACCCCAUGUUUAACCCAUGCAUUGAUGUGAAUGGGCUGAACAGGCAGCCUCUAACCUUGUUUUGGAUUAACGACCCCUGGAACUGGCAGGUAAACACAAACGUGGGUAAAGAGUGA